GCGUAAAAAAGGGCGUCGCAUUUCCUACGAAUAAAAGAAGAAGAAAUCGUUGAUAUAUUACAUUUUUCUGUUUUUUCGUGGUGCUUCAGAUUUGUAAGCUGACAACUUUAACCGAUCAUUUUCACGACAACGAUCGAUAACUGGCUAUGACCAACUUCCUUUUUCAACGGUUGAUGUCUCCCUUGUUUCUUUCAGAAAGUUAACAACAGACUUAUAAAUAUCUUUUUUCUACACUUUCUCUACAGUGCAUCUUCUACCAAUUCUGCUUUCCUUAGUUUUGAGGUUAAAAUGGAUCCAAGGUUCAAUAAUUUUCCAACUUCUAUGAAUGGAUUCAGUCUGGAGAACCAAUCCGUACACAUUUCUUCGAAUCGUUGGAAGAAUAAUGAACCAAGAUUUGAAGCUAUUUAUCAAGAUCAGAAGCUAGUCAAUGGUCCAAGAUUUGAAAAUAACUUUGUCCCAAAAAAUAUUGGUGGAAUUCAAUCAGUUUCUAAUGACCCUUUACCAACAAGCAAUAUAGCAUUGACUUCUGAUAUUGGUGCUGAGGAUGAAUACAAUGAAGACUUUGAUUUCUCUGAUACGGUUUUGAGCUAUAUAAAUCAGAUGCUUAUGGAAGAAGAUGUGGAGGAUAAGACACAUAUGCUUCAGGAGUCGUUGGAAUUUCAAGCGAAAGAGAAGUCAUUCUAUGAGGCCCUCGGCAAGGAAUAUCCGCCUUCACCUCAGCAAAACCUGUCGAUUACUUACCAGAAUGGUGAGAUACCAAAUGAGUACUGCUCAGGAAGUCUGUAUAAUUUUACAAGUAAUAGCAAUGACAGUAGUGAUUACCUAACUGAUCCAACGGUUAUUAACAUUUCCAAUGAUCUUAAGUCCUCUUAUGUACAAGGCCUUUCAGUUUGUAAUGGUACUUACUCUUCGAUUAGCUCAUCGAGUAGCAUAAAUAAUAUUGUAGAUGGGUUCUUAGACUCUCCUGUAAGUCCUCUUCAUAACCCUGAUAUAUAUAACGACAGCUACCCGAUUUGGAACUUUAGGAAAGGAGUGGAAGAAGCAAACAAGUUCCUCCCAACUAAUAUUAAGUUGUUGGACAAUGUGGAUAUCAAUGGCUUGUUGCCUCUGGAGAAAAGAGGAGAAAGUGGUUGUGUGGCUGCUCGGGUGGAGAAAAGGGAUGAGGGAGAGGUUUCACCUACAGAGCCGAGAGGGAGGAAGAAUCCUCAUAGGGAUGAUAAGGAUUUACUAGAAGAAGAAAGAAGUAGCAAACAAGCAGCUGUUUUUACAGAAUCAACAGUUCGUUCAGAGGAGUUUGAUAUAGUUUUGCUGCAUAGCUUGGGAAAUGGGAAGGAAGCAUUGGAAGCUUAUCGCGAGAGCUUGAAGAAUGCUAGAACGAAAAAUACGGUGCAGAAUGGGCAAUCAAAAGGAUAUAAUGGAGGGAAGGGCCGCGGCAAGAAACACAGUGGUAAAAAGGAAGUCGUAGAUUUAAGGACUCUUUUAAUAAAUUGUGCACAGGCUGUUGCUGCUGAUGAUUGCAGGAGUGCAACUGAACUGCUGAAACAGAUCAGACUCCAUUCAUCUCCUUUCGGAGAUGGCAAUCAGAGAUUGGCUCAUUGCUUUGCGGAUGGUAUGGAGGCACGCUUGGCUGGCACUGGUAGCCAGAUUUAUAAGGCCCUUGUCAAUAAAAAAACAUCAGCAGCCGAUUUUUUAAAGGCCUAUCACUUGUAUCUCGCGUCAUCGCCAUUCAGGAAGCUUUCGGAUUUUGCCUCAAACAAGACAAUCAUGACAAAAGCAGGGAAUGCUGCAAGGGUCCAUGUCAUUGACUUUGGUAUCCUCUAUGGCUUUCAGUGGCCUACGCUUAUUCAACGUAUCGCAGCAAGAGAAGGUGGGCCCCCUAAGCUUCGCAUUACUGGUAUAGAGUUUCCCCAACCUGGUUUCAGGCCAGCAGAAAGAAUUGAGGAAACAGGACGCCGUUUGGCUGAUUAUGCUCAGACCUUUAAUGUUCCAUUUGAAUACCAUGCAAUUGCAAAGAAAUGGGAAACUAUCAGACUUGAGGAUUUAAAGCUUGAAAAAGACGAAUUUCUUGUUGUCAAUUGUUUGUAUAGAUUUAAGAACUUGCCUGAUGAGACCGUGUUAACUGACAGUUCGAGAACUCUUGUUCUCGAUCUUAUAAGGAAAAUCAAUCCGGACAUUUUCAUCCAUGGGAUUGUCAAUGGGGCCUAUAGUGCCCCAUUUUUUGUCACGCGUUUUCGUGAGGUCCUUUUUCACUUUUCUGCACUUUUCGAUAUGCUGGAAGCUAAUGUACCACGUGAGUCUCCAGAACGAAUGUUAAUUGAGAGAGAGAUCUUUGGGAGGGAAGCCCUGAAUGUCAUAGCUUGUGAGGGGUGGGAAAGAGUUGAACGGCCAGAGACAUAUAAGCAAUGGCAAGUUCGUAAUCUAAGGGCAAGGUUUAUGCAGAUACCUUUUGAACGGGAAGUCAUGAAUAGGGCAACGGAAAAGGUGACAUCAAGCUAUCACAAAGACUUUGUACUCGACGAAAAUAACAAGUGGCUAUUGCUAGGGUGGAAAGGGAGAACAAUAUAUGCAUUAUCUUGUUGGAAACCUAUUUAAGAAAUCUGCAAGGCAUGUUUUUAACAUGCUUUCUUUUGAACAUAAAGUUGUCCUUUCACAUAUUUGGAGAAAUCAAACAAUACAGAGGUAAAUGGCGAGCUUGUGGUGUUGUUAAAGCUAAUAAAUAUUUGCUCACACGAGCGAUAUGUUGCUAAACUUCAGCAUGCUUGUUCAGUACUGAUCAAUAUAUGAUCAGACAAGGUGAGGCUUCAGAAAAUGUUCUUGCCAACCGAUGAUGAAGUUGAAUUACCAGCAGAUAAUCGUUGCUGCAAAGUGUGUAGCACAUACCUGCUACCUUUCACCAGCACAAGUACCGCUUGUAACUCUCCUCAUCAUCGAGUUUUAGGCAGAUAUGAAAAGAUUGCCUAGUAUUUUUUUGUCUCUAGUGGAAUUUGAUUUCUUGUCGGUCGAGACCUUUUAUCCCAUUUCACUGACCAUAAGGCUACACCCUGGGGUGCCUUAUGUGCAAGGCGUUUGUUAUUAAACAUUACUAG